CGUGGCAUAUUCUCAUACCAACUUCUUCUUCUUUCAUCCUCAUUGUUGUGGUCGACGGUCGCUGCACAAACCCCAUCCGUUCGAAAAAAAAUUAGUACGCUGUGUGCAAUUCGGUUCUCCUGAGCACGAAAGAUGAGUCGAUUGAUCGCAUUGUUUCUAUGUGUUUUGGCGACGAUGGCAUUGGCAGAGGCUAGAAUUCGUCGCUACAAAUGGGACGUGAAGUACGAGUUCAAGUCGCCAGACUGCUACAAGAAGCUGGUCAUCACCAUCAACGGAAGGUCCCCAGGCCCAUCCAUCCUUGCUCAACAAGGCGACGUCGUCGUCGUGGAAGUUACCAAUGGCUUGGUGACGGAGAAUUUGGCGAUCCAUUGGCAUGGAAUCCGACAGAUCGGAAGUCCAUGGAGUGAUGGAACCGAGGGCGUGACUCAAUGCCCCAUUUUGCCUGGAGACACUUUUACCUACCGUUUUGUCGUUGACCGUCCCGGAACGUACUUGUAUCACGCGCAUUAUGGGAUGCAAAGAGUGGCCGGACUGUACGGAUCAAUCCGGGUUUCGCUGCCGGACGGCAUGGCUGAGCCGUUCGCUUACGACUACGACAAGAGCAUCAUCCUCAAUGACUGGUACCACAAGAGCACUUAUGAGCAAGCUGCUGGCUUAUCCUCCAUUCCCUUCGGUUGGGUUGGGGAGCCUCAGUCGCUACUAAUUCAAGGAAGGGGAAAGUUCAGUUGCUCCAAAUUGGCCUCUCCAACCUUAGAUCCCACGGCUUGCAAUGCGACCAGUUCCGAAUGUUUGCCUUAUGUACUGACAGUCAUCCCCGGUAAAACGUAUCGCCUCAGGAUUUCAAGCAUGACUGCUCUAUCUGCUCUCAGCUUUCAAAUUGAGGGUCACAACAUGACUAUAGUUGAAGCAGACGGGCACUAUGUAGAGCCUAUCGUGGCACAAAAUCUGUUCAUCUACUCGGGGGAGACAUACUCCGUCUUGAUCAAAAUGGAUCAAGAACCAUCUAGAAAUUACUGGAUCAUGACCAACAUCGUUAGCCGCAAUGCCACUGCCACAACCCCUCCUGGCCUGGCCACCCUCAAUUACUACCCCAACCACCCGAAGCGGGUCCCACCCACGGGUCCGCCUGCUGGCCCAAUCUGGAAUGAUGUCGCGCCACGAUUGGCUCAAAGCCUAGCGAUCAAAGCCCGCCAGGGAUACAUCCACACUCCACCGCCCAAGUCAGACCGAGUGAUUGUGUUCCUCAACACGCAGAACAAGAUCGAUGGUUACUUUCAUUGGUCCGUGAACAACGUGUCGUUCACGCUCCCGCAUACACCAUACCUGAUCGCCCUUAAGGAGAAUCUCCACCACGUGUUCGAUCAAAGCCCUCCGCCCGAUCGGCUACGCGACUUCACGAACUAUGACAUCUACCGUGUCGCGAACAACACCAAUGCUACCUCUAGCAAUGCAAUCUAUAGACUAAAGUUCAACACUACAGUGGACAUCAUAUUGCAAAAUGCAAAUACUCUGACCGCAAACACCAGCGAGACACACCCGUGGCACCUCCAUGGUCACGAUUUCUGGGUCCUCGGGUACGGGACAGGGAAAUUCGACGCUAACAACGACCUGAAGAAGUACAAUUUGGUGAACCCGAUCAAGAAGAACACAGUGGCAGUCCAUCCUUACGGGUGGACCGCCCUCUGAUUUGUGGCGGAUAAUCCGGGCGUUUGGUUUUUCCAUUGCCAUAUAGAGCCUCAUCUUUAUAUGGGCAUGGGCGUGGUGUUUGAAGAAGGUGUCGAAAGGGUGGGCAAGUUGCCAUCAGAGAUCAUGGGAUGCGGUGAGACAAAAGGCUUCAAGAGACCGUAACAAGAUUAUUCAUACAAUUAUUUAUGCUCGUUAAAUUUUUUUGGAUUUAUGCAAGUUUUUUAGAGGAUAUUUCUUUAGAUUUGUUCAUUGUUGUACGGUCAUUUUCAAUUGUAUCUCUUCCCAUUUUUUGCCACUAGAACAGUAAUUGU